AUGGAAUCCAUCUCUAUGAUGGGAAGCCCCAAGAGCCUGGAGACUUUUUUGCCUAACGGCAUAAAUGGUAUCAAAGAUGCAAGGAAGGUCACUGUGGGCGUGAUAGGAAGUGGGGAUUUUGCCAAGUCUCUGACCAUUCGGCUUAUUAGGUGUGGCUACCACGUGGUCAUAGGAAGCAGAAAUCCUAAGUUUGCGUCUGAAUUUUUUCCUCACGUGGUAGAUGUCACCCACCAUGAAGACGCGUUAACAAAAACAAAUAUAAUAUUUGUGGCCAUCCAUAGAGAACAUUACACCUCCUUGUGGGACCUGAGACAUCUGCUUGUGGGCAAAAUCCUGAUUGACGUGAGCAACAACAUGAGGGUGAAUCAGUACCCAGAGUCCAACGCCGAGUACCUGGCUUCGCUCUUCCCGGACUCGCUGAUUGUCAAAGGAUUUAAUGUCAUCUCAGCUUGGGCCCUUCAGUUAGGGCCCAAGGAUGCCAGCCGCCAGGUCUAUAUAUGCAGCAACAACAUCCAGGCUCGACAGCAGGUUAUUGAACUUGCCCGUCAGUUGAAUUUUAUUCCUGUUGACCUGGGAUCCUUAUCAUCAGCCAAGGAGAUUGAAAAUUUACCCCUGCGACUGUUUACGCUCUGGAGGGGACCAGUGGUCGUAGCCAUAAGCCUGGCCACAUUUUUCUUCCUUUAUUCCUUUGUCAGAGAUGUGAUACAUCCGUAUGCCCGGAACCAGCAGAGUGACUUUUACAAGAUUCCUAUUGAGAUUGUGAACAAAACCUUGCCUAUAGUCGCCAUUACUUUGCUGUCCCUGGUGUACCUGGCGGGCCUACUGGCAGCUACAUAUCAGCUUUACUACGGCACCAAGUACCGCAGAUUCCCACCGUGGCUGGAUACCUGGCUGCAGUGCAGGAAGCAGCUGGGACUGCUGGGCUUUUUCUUUGCUGUUGUCCAUGUUGCCUACAGCCUCUGCUUGCCGAUGAGAAGGUCAGAAAGAUACUUGUUUCUCAACAUGGCUUAUCAGCAGGUUCAUGCGAAUAUUGAAAAUGCCUGGAACGAGGAAGAGGUUUGGAGAAUUGAAAUGUACAUCUCUUUUGGCAUCAUGAGCCUGGGCUUACUGUCCCUCCUGGCAGUCACUUCAAUCCCUUCCGUGAGCAACGCCUUAAACUGGAGGGAAUUCAGUUUUAUUCAGUCUACGCUCGGCUACGUCGCUCUGCUCAUAAGUACUUUCCACGUGUUAAUCUACGGAUGGAAACGCGCUUUUGCCGAAGAGUACUACCGCUUUUACACACCGCCAAACUUCGUCCUUGCCCUUGUCUUACCCUCGGUGGUAAUUGUGGGGAAGAUGAUUUUACUCCUCCCAUGCAUAAGCCGUAAGCUAAAAAAAAUUAAAAAGGGCUGGGAAAAGAGCCAGUUUCUAGAAGAAGGCCUGGGAGGAACCGUUCCUCAUCUGUCCCCAGAGAGAGUCACGGUGAUGUGA